AUGGAGCACCCUGACCUGGGAGACCGCCGUAUGCGCCCGGAAGCGGCCCAGGAGGAGGAACAGCAGCAUGCAUUGGUGAAUUACGCAUGUAAGGCAUACCUGUUCCAACACCCAUGUGUGAUGGAGACGGAGAGGGAGGAGGGUAUUGUCCCGGGUGCAUAUCUUGAUAAACACCUCCCAUGUCACCGUAGCCGCCACCACCACCUCCACCGGCUCCAGGGCCCAUAUGGCCAUAACCUUGGUUAUACAUUGGCAUUUGUUGCUGAUGCUGAUGCUGAUGCUGUGGAGUAUUCCAUCCGUUACCGCCAGCAGGAGCAGCAUCACCAGGGCCAAAUCCAUACGGAGGCAUCGGCUGCAUCCCAUGGGGUGGAGGUCGUGAACCGUCGUAGACGUUGUUAUAACUGCUAUUGUGAUGAUGAUGGAAGUGGUGCUGCUGGUGCUGUUGCUGGUACCCCAUCGAGGGAGGUGGGGGCGCCAUGGGCAAUCCCUGCUGACCCUGUCCGCGCCCCUGCCGCUCAUUACCCCUGUUGCCACCCGCCUUUCUCAUUCCUUAGGUCAGUGUGCCCUAUUUGA